CAUGCCAGGGGCCACAGGGAUAUCGGAGGCAUAAUUUGGAGGAGGGGUAGCUUGAGGGUGUGUUGUACAAGCAGGCAGGGGUAGGGCUUGGGCGCUUGCUCUCCUCCUCCCCGUGAAGAUCCGCCCCGGGGCAAGCGCAGCGAUCGCAAGCCCCAAGGGAGACGACGCAGCUUGACAGACUGUAUCUCCCUCUGCCCCGGGCCCCAGGGCACUGCGAUUUCACACUUGGGCAGCCCCUUCGCUGCCGUGCCAUGCGGGAGCACGGCUCUCACUCCCGCUCCGCCAUGUCCUCGUCAGGAAAAGCCGCUGCCGCCACCUCCUCCUGCCUCUCCUCUCAGUGCUUUGACCUCCUGACCAAGUCCUGCGUCAAGUGCUCCGACUUGUUCAAGGACAACGCAACUCUCCCACUCCUGACACUGCCGGCGUCUCGCCCCACAGCAGAGUCCACCCAUGUGGCGCCCACCUCCACCCUGGCGCCCACCCUCCCCUCGAUGAACCUGCCCAGCACCCUCCUGAUCUUCGGGGUCCCGGCAGUGGUGGGACUCAUCCUGGCUCUGGCUGCCCUCUGGGGCUUCCUGGCCUGCAAGGUGGGGAAGCGGAGGAGGAAGAGGAAGGCAGCAGACGAGGAGGCCAAAGCAAACAUGGAUGCCGCCAGCCCCCUGCACAGCCCAGGUUGCCAGGACCCCGCUGCCUUGGCCCCAGCCCCAUGCCCACAUCUCAACGGAGGCCUGAAAAUAAUGGGGCCACCCGAGAAAGCUGGAGCGAAGCGGAGGCCAUGCUGCCGGGGUGAUGCCGACGGUGACAUCAUCCUGCUCUCCACUGUAUACCCUCGGCAUGAAGAGUGCAACCACAGCUUCCCACUGCCUGCCACUGAGCUGGGGGCCACAGCUCUGGUCACCACCAAAACCACCCAGAACUGCCCCAGUGAGGAGAGAGCCUGAGGGUGAGGGGAAUGGGGCUGGACCACUCCGGCUGCUCCCUGCGGACGCUCAGAGCCCGUCCCCAGGGUGGGCAAAGCCUUGCACAGAUGUGAGCUGUCUGAUGACUGGAUUUUGCCUCAAGCAACAUCAACCUUCUAGGAUCACUGCCCUUUUCCACUUUCCCAUUUGCACCGAGUCCCAGGUUGUGCCUGUAAGGGCUGGAGGAAGCCGACGUGGAUCACACCGAGUUAUGGUGAACCGCCGACAGCUGCUGCGGCUGUGCUGUUGGGAGGAGGCAGAGGAGACAUGGCCGGUGAGGACGGAGCAUGGCAGGGGCUGUUGUGCCAGGACAGGUUUGCUGCUGGCUGGGUGAUUCAUGGGGACACAGGGCUGGAAUAGCAGAAAGAGGGGGUGGGGAAGGAAGAUGGAGAGGGAAGCAGGGAGUUGCAUUAGGACCAAAUCCUACACUGCUGCCAUUAGCUCGAUUUUUGCUACUGACCUCAAUAAAAGGAGGCUUGGGGCCAUAUGGAGCAAGGCACAUCCAGCAUCUGCUCCAUUCACAGUCCUGCCCCUCCCCGUCUUGUGCAUGCUGUAAUAUCUGGGUCUCUCCUCCCUCUGGGCACUCUCACACGGUGGCAGAUGUCCACCAGCAGUCAUGGGAACCCCCUCUGCAGCCAGGGGUGGUCAUGGGAACCCCCUUUCAUCCUCGGGGAUGGGAAACAAGUCCAUCUUCCCAAGCAGGGAGGGAGAGAGGGAAGAGGGGAAAAAAAUCUGUCUUUGGUCUGACCUACAAUCACUGAAGCCAGGAAGGACCAGGGGCAGGCAACGGAGACUGCUGGUCUAGAGGAGCUCCAUGAGCUUGUCAUUAUGGCCCCAGACAACCGUCACUUCAGCUCACUGUGGCUGCAGAAAUACUGCGUGUCACUUGGGAUGACAGGGCUCCCGGUGAUGGAUGUUUCCAUGCCGUGCAAAACCAGGCAGGGAGUGAUGCGAGUGUAGGCGGGAUGACUUAAUUUAUGUGAGUGUCUUCAAGGCUUUGCCUCUGUGCAAGAGCUGGCCGGUGUUGCUGGUCCCAAGCACUUCUCUGUAGAUGGUCUUGUUCACCUGCCCACAAGUGGCUUUACUGAGCAGGAAGGGCUCUGCUUUGGAAACGAACUCAUUAGCGCAGGAUUGCUGUUCCCAAGUAGUUACAGCAGCCAGUCCCGCUGGCCAGAGCCCGGCCAAUGUCUUGGGUGAGAAACCCUGCUGGCCUCAGAGGGAGUGAUUAGGCAAGGUUAUUUGCAUGGAGCACCUUGGCAGAAGCCCAGGUCUGCUCUUCCUUGGGCAAGAUGGCUUCCUCACCCAGGAGGCUUCAGGGUCUGAGCAGAAGUGGCCAAGCAAAGGGUGGGAGCACUGCUGUCAAACGCCAAUGGGCCACCGAGGGCCACAGCUCAUGGUAGGGUUGCCCAGUGGCACUGUGUGGAGAGGAUGUCCCUCUGAUGAUGGGAAGGUGACCCCCUGCCCAAGUUUGAGCUCUCUUCUGGGGCUGCAGGACCAGAAGCUGCUGUUGAAGGGUGACCCUCCCUCUUCUCCUCUGCCCGUGGCACUGGAACUGGACUCGCGGCAUCCAUCCCAUAAGGGAACCACAGGCGUUGCUACAGAUGCCAAGGCCCAAAUUCCUCACCACAACUCCUCUCUCAGACCUAAACAUGCUGGCAGAGGUGAGCUUUCAUCCCUCUGAGGCUCCGCAUAGCCCAGGAUGGGAUGGGUCCCCGUCUCAGCCUUGGGGAGGAUGAUGGAGGGGCUGGUCCACAUGCACAACAACUGUCCUUUGGGGAUCCAGGCUCCCAUGGCUCACCGGCAGGAGCUGUGGAGGCUCCAGAGUUGGGCUCCCAGUUAUCCGCAGCAGCCGUGCUGCCCAUUGCAGGAGGGGCAUCCCCACAACACGAAUUGGGCAUCUCCUCAUCCCCAUGCUCCGCACCCGACCCUGUGAAGUGAGUUCAAGUAACCUUUGUGUGUCUAGAGCGGGGAAAUGAGCCAAAGCCAGGCUGGGGGACGUUUUGGCACUGGAAGGACUGUUUGUGGGACGCAGAGCAACUUGCUUCACAGGAGAUGGGGGCAAGAGGGAAAGGGAGCAGGAGUGUCGGGCUCCUCUCCCGAUUCCCACCCGGUGACUGCUGUGGCUCAGCUCCAUGGAUGUGCCGCCCACCAUGACUGCCGCGGUGAUUUGAAAAAGAAACUCCCAUGCAAAUCCUGUUGAAAAAACCCCUCUUUCUGCUCAGGUAGGGGCUUCUGCUCUCAUUUCUGCUAGAGCUUCAGCCAGGCAGCUCCUCUGUGCGACGCCACUGGCAUCCGCAGUUCACAGCAGCAGCAUUUUGAUCCACAUUGGAUUCCUCAGCCGGCGAGUGCCCCUCUGAUCCUCUCUCUGAUAUGGCGUGCAGGGUGUCUUCCCCAUGUCCUGCCUGCCUGAUUGCCAGCUGUGGUGGGUCAGUGCUCCCCUCCUGCCCAGCCUGCCUGGGCCUGGGAGGGACUUGCCACCCCUUCUGUGCAUGCUUCUCCAUCCUUAUGUGCAGGGCAGGGGGCUGUCCGUCUUGUCUGCAUGGAGAGCAGAGGGAACGGAGGUGAAAAAUAUGGUUGUAAAAAUGAAAGAAUAAAGUG